AUGCCCGUGGCACCGUCGCUUUCUGCCAAGUCGCUUGAGAUCCGCAACAAGUCAUGCGAAGGAUCGGCUCUCGCUCCAUUGACUCGUGAAGACGCCUCUGCUGUUGGUAGUUCAUCAAUACGAGAAUCGAGAGUCGCUUCACGGACAACAGACUCUGCAAGUGUUACAGAUGCAACUACUGAGGAAUCAAUAUUUGCGAUUAGAGAAAUGGUCACAAACCAUUGGCGUCUUGAAACAAUAUUUACAGGCAUUUCGUUGGGAGUCUUUGACACUUUCCCACCACCACCUGGCAACAUGACUCCCCUGGAGCUCGCCACGAAACUAGACUUGGAUGAAUCGAGAUGCCACCGACUGCUACGAGCUCUAUGUUCCGCAAACGUCAUGACGGAAGCACCUGCAGGAUUCUUCCAGCUCAACACGACUGGAAAUCUGCUGCGAAAAGAAAAUGCAAACUCGAUGCAGCCCUAUCUGGUUUUACACUCGUCAACUCCCAUGCGAAAAUUGUGGGAGGUGCUGCCUGAUGCAUUAAAGAAGAAGAAUGCAAACAAGACUACUAUGGAGCUGGCUUAUAAGGUCAAGGAUCUUGCUGAAUAUACAGCCAAGAAGGAUAUGAGUUAUGAGAGUGUUGUUUCUGGUGGUAUUGGUGCCUUGCUCAGAUCCGACAAUAUGGCAGGUCUUCGAGUUUACAGUUUCGCCAAAUUCGCCACCGUGACAGAUCUGAUGUCAGGAGACGGACGUCUCUUGUGUGAAAUCGUUGCUAGAUACCCAAACAUGAAGGGCAUCAUUCACAAACAAUCGACUUCUCCAUGGGCUAAAGACUAUGGACCAUCCAUCUGGCCAAAGAAAAUGAAUUUGGAAUCACGAGUCACUGAAGUUCCUGCAGAUCGAUUUACUGGUGCUAGUAUAGUACCAUCAGACUGUUAUAUCAUUCGAAGAGUCAAAGUUUACUCUGAAGCUCGGAUGGUCGAAUGCUUCAAAGCAAUCCACAAAGUUUCACCAGCUCAUGCCAAACUCGUCGUCAUUUCUCGGCUACUACCAAUAUCCUGCGAGCAGGAUCCACACGGCCUAGCAUUGCAUGAUGUUCAUAUGAUGCUGAGCUCAAAUUCACGAGACAGAAGUUAUACCGAAACAAAAGAUUUGUUUAAUACGUGUGGAUGGAAGUUGAAUUUUGCUGAUGAGUGGCUAGGAGUCACGACGUUGGAGUUUAUUAAGGCAUAA